GUUAUACCGUUUGCCUUUACUGUAUACAUAUCAGGGGGGAAUUCGCGAAUCAUCACAGUUGUGUCUCGCGUGUUUGUCACUGCGUACGUGUGACACAAAACAAUAAGAAACAUUUGUUUAUUGUUUGAACAUUUUUUUUUUUCAAUACGAACACUGUUUUCCCAGCAUGUGGUGUAAAAGAAAAAUAAGAGGUUAACUAUAUAAAGUCAUCUGAUAAAUCCGCGGUCAUUCAAUAUCUAUUCUAUUCCAGUCAAUGUUCGAUAACAUUUUAAAGAAAUCAAUGUCUGAUUAAAAAUUUCUUUUGACAGUUCAAAUAACUUAAAAAUGUGCAUUUAAAAUUCAUCGAUUUACAAUUUCUAUAUUAUUUAUAAUAAUGAAAAUUUGACAUUUUGGAAAAUAGUGCAAAGUUUCGGUUUUUCUAACGGACUGUCAGUUAUUGUGAAAUAUGUAACAAGAAAAUUUUUUUUAUGUACCUAAAAAGAAUUGAAGUGUCACGUACAAAUUGACUGAUUUGGAGAAAUUUGAAAUUUACAAAUUUUUUCACUUGGACGAUUUUGUAAAUCAAAAACAAAGAGAGAGAGAGAUUGUUGACGUUUGGAGGAAAAAAAAAGCUAUGCGGGACAAUUGACUCGAGAUGGAGAGAGGAUGAAAGAAAAAAAACUAAGGAUUCCCCUGACGAAUGCACGUUAAACCGGAAGAAAUCGGGAUGACUCCAUCGCCAACGGCGAAUCGGAGUUUCCUGCACGGUGGUGAACGAUCACCACCGUGUUUGAAUUCCGAUAAAAUUAUUUAUGCCACUCUAGACAGUUUGGCAUUGAAAAGAGCAACUCUACCACUCAAAUUAUUGCCAAUUGAUAAUAAUCAUAUUGUGGAUAAUUCUGGGAAAAUUGAUAAUAAUAAAGAAAAGAUUAUUCCAAGAAAAACGUCUUCUAGAAAGCCCAGCUUCAAGGUUCGAACAGCUUCAAAUAUUCAAUGGAAAAUUCGUUCGCGAUUAAAUCAAAAUACAAAAAAUGACAAUCAAAAGGAAAUUUUGAAAAAAUCCGUUUCCCUUAAUCGAAGAAGUAGCAGUAAAAAAUUAUUAAAAGACUCAAAAUUACCAAUUAUUAUUAAACACGAUUCUUGUCAAAUGAAGAGCCACACAUUGCCAAGGGACGUGAAAUUAUUUGAAUCUCAAAAAAAAGUGACAAGAACAAGUGAAAAAAACAAAAAACUCAAUAAUGAUGAUGAUGAUGAUAAUUUUAAUUCAUCACUCAUUUUAGAUAGUGAAUUAUACGAUGAUGUUAUUACAAUUGGCAAUAAUUUAAAUGUUAAAAAACCGGAAGUCGAACAAACUUUAGAUCUGGAUAUUUCAUCUCUUAGUAUUAAUAGUUAUAAUCUCAGCAAUCAAUCAGAUAGUGGUUACGGUAGUAAUAAUAAUAAUAAUAAUACAAAUAACUCGAGCAGUAUUCAAUUUAAUGACAAUGAAACGUCUAAUAUAAAUAAUAAUAAUAUUAUUAUUGAAAAUCAAUUUAUAACCGAUGAUAAGAGUAAAAGAAAAUAUAAAUAUUUUACAAAAAAUGUUCUUCACUAUGUACCAAUAUCAAAUCAUGUGAAACGUUACAAAAAAUUGAGAAAAAAUCGAUUGAGUUUAUCGCUGGGCUCAUUGAAGAAUAAUGAAAAAUUUGAUUUAAAUGAUUCUGCAAAAUGUAAAAGUCUCUCAAGAAGUGAAUUAAAAUAUGUGACAAUAUCAUCACCAACAAAUUUUGUUCAUGUUGCUUCUGCAACAAAUCCAAAAUUAUUGAUCAAUUCUGACAAUCCAUCUUCACGUUCAAAACAAAAUAUUAUUACACAUGAACAAAAAUUCGUUGAUUUGAGAAUUUUCAAAAUGGAUCAAUUACAUAAUUCCAAAAAUAUGGAGAAACUUAACGGUCGUCCUAGCUUCUUGCUAAGUGAAACUGACGGAAGGGGUUAUGUGGAAAUUAAAAAAUUACCAUUAACAACCGACAGCGAUCCAUCUUAUGAUUCAGUGAAUGAAAAUCAAUCGGUGAAAGUUGAAAAUUUGGAAAAUAGCCAAUUGAAGAACAAUGAUGAGAAUGAGGUCGAUGAAAAAAUUUACGAACCAGUAUCUGAAUUUUCAUUUUAUAAAGGUUUAAAAGCAAAUUCAAGUUUUCUUUGGAGCAAUCGAAGGAGAAAUUCGGAAAAUCAUGAAAAUUCAUCGACCAGCAAUUACAAUAAAGAUGAAAAUACGUACGAAGAAUUUGACGAUAUUGGAAUAUCAUUUGAGGAAGACGAUUACGAUGAUGUGGGUUUUCCAAAUAAUGAAGAAUUUGAAGAAGUUUAUGACGACGUUAUGCCAUCGUCAUGUCAAAUUGAACAGAAUUUCUCAUCAACAAGUACAUUGGAGAUAAAUGACUAUUUGAUUAUGAAAAAGCAAGGAGAAGAUGGAAAAAUUGAAUUUGAAAAAAAGGAGAAUUCUGAAACAAAUUCAAAUUAUGAAAAUGAAAUUGUGAACAAUGAUUACUCGAGUGUCGACGAGGAUGAAGAGAUAAAUGACGAGAAUGAACAAGGAGUGUAUGAUGACGUCGAUCUACCAAGUCAGGAACGUGUCAAUAGCCUGUACGCAGGCUCUAGUACAGGAUCUCAACCGGGGUCAUCGUUGAAUGGCAAGGAAUCUGAGUGGGAGGAUCUUGAAGACACGAAACCCUCUUUACUUGCGCCAAAGAGAAACGUCACGUGCGCACGAGGUGGAGAUACUCAUGGGACUCCAAGUAAAAAAAAAUUGGGACAAAAAUAUUUGCGAAAAAUGAGAGGACAACGAACAAAAGUAACACGGAAAAGUUCCGGAAGGUCUUCAAGUCAAACAAUAUGCGAUCGUGUUGUCCUCUUUGAAACAACGUCAGAUGACAGCAAUUAUGAGACGCUUUACGCAUAUCAAAUCGAUGACUUUAGUACAGAUUCGGAAAUUGAGGAGGAGGAAGAGGAUGAGGAGCGGGAAAAUAAUUGUGAUAAUUCACAAAUUACAAGAACGAUGUUUAAUGAAAAUUUAGAACCACCAACGAGGCCAACGCCACCGCCUCCAAGAGAAGCGAGUCUCACACAAUCAUUGGGAAGGAGAAUGAAAAUUCUCCGACGAACGUGGACCAUCACCAAGGGUAGUUUAGGACGAAUGCGUCGACGAACGUCUGGCGAUGAUUCAUCAACUUAUAAAAGUGUCAAUAAUGAUCAUACAAUAACGAAUAAUGAUAAUAGUAAAUAUUUCAAUUUUAAAAAACAUUUAAGAAAAAGUAUCACUGGCCUCUCGACAUUUUAUCUUGAGAAUAAUCAGGAAAAUGGAAAUAAUAUGAAGGACAACAAUCAGAGUAACAGUAAUAUUAAGGAAGGGAUUUAUAGUAACAGUAAUUGGUACACGGACACAGAUCUUUGGAGAGAUGAUAGCAGUUCUUUGCAAUCUGAAGUUAAUAGUGCUGAUCACUACAGUGUUUUGACGGAAGAACCUUUAUAUCAAUUCUACGCUGCGGCUGCCGCGAGAGUUGCUUUUGAAUCCGAUUCCGAUGGAUAUGAAGAAGUUGAAGACAUCACGCCUUCUUCGGCUGCAAUGGAACUUGCUAAACCUGGACAUCGUACUUUAUGGUGUCAAACUCCUCAAGUUAUUCACAGUGGCCUUUUGCAGACCUUAGCAGUGGAGGAGAAAAAAAUGCAGGAAGCAAAAUUUGAAAUAGUAACAUCCGAAGCAUCGUAUUUGAAUUCAUUAAGAGUUUUAAAUAAUGAAUUUGUUUCUAAUAAUGAAUUAGUUAAUGAAACUCUAACACAAAUGGAACGUGAUAAACUCUUUGGUGGAGUUUCAUGUGUACUAAUGUUAUCGGAGAGAUUUCUUGCUGAAAUGGAAAAUGUAUGGAAAGAAGAUCCAAUGCUUCUUGGCUUGCCAGAUGUUUUACUUAAACAUGCAGAAAGAAGUCUUGCCAUUUAUGUCACUUAUUGUUCAAGUCAAGUUAGCAUAGACAGUACAUUAAAGGAACUCAGAGCUAGAAAAGGUUUAAAAUUUUUAGAAGUUGUUUCCCGAAUAGAAAUGCGACCAUCAUGUCAAAGUCUUUCGUUGCACUCGUUUUUGAUGCUUCCAAUGCAACGAGUAACAAGAUUACCUUUAUUGGCUGAUGCUGUUUUAUCGAAAAUACCAAUGAAUCAUCAAGAAAGAGCUUCUUGGGAAAGAGUUUUAUCACAUUUAAGUUUCGUUGUGGCCGAAUGUAAUGAAGGAGCGAGAGCCGCGAGUCAACUAAUUGAAAUGGAAACUUUAGCAAAAAAAUUAGAAUACUCCCCAAAAGUGCCGUCCAUCGAUUUAAGGGAAAGAAAACUUAUUCGCAGCGGUACAGUAACACAACUGUCAAUGAAAUCUGACACCGAAUACAAAUUAACUUUUGGAAAAAAAUUCCAAAAAACUCCUCUAUUUCUUCUUUUGCUCACAGAUUAUCUUCUAGUCACAAAACUCAAAGCCAGUAAUCAUGAAGAUACAUACACAGUGAUAGAUUUGUGUAAACGAAAUCUCGUUGCUUUGGAAUCAGUACCGGAGAAUUCACCAUUUUCGGGACGACACGCAAUGGUUUUAACACUUCUUGAGAAUCAUUUAGAACGACAAAUGGAAUAUGUUAUCACUUGUGAAAGUGAUACCGAAAAAGAAAGAUGGUUAGACGCUGUAUCACCUCCAAAAUCAAAUUUAGUUGGUGAAACUUUAUACGAAUCAUGGGAUUGUCCUCAAGUUAUGGCGCUUUAUUCUUAUUCUCCGGGACAACCGGACGAACUUGCAAUGCAACCUGGUGAUGUAAUUAACGUCUCGAGGAAAAUGGCAGAUGGCUGGUAUCAUGGUGAAAAAUUAUUAGAUGGCGAGCAAGGCUGGUUUCCUGGAAAUUAUACGAAAGAAGUCGCCAGUGAACAUGUGCGUGCUCGAAAUCUAAAGCAACGGCAUCGACUUUUGGCAUUGAAUGGAAGUGUUUUGCAGCGACGAGCAAAACAAUCCAUGGCCAUACAUUAAUUCAAACAGGGUACUGCGUUUAAUUCAAAAAUUUGUUAUAGGUAAUUAAUAAUUCCUGUAAAUUAUUAUAUAUGUACAGUUUUUCUUUUUACAAUAAUUAUCAAAUAAUUGACA